AUGUCUACGCCAAGUGUCAGAUAUAAGUACAUCGAAGAAGUCGAGAUUAACGAUACUCUGCAUCAUGGCCGUUACCAGAUAGUGCACAAACUUGGACAUGGUACAUUUUCAACCGCUUGGCUUGCCCUCGACCGAACUUCAUCCACCUACCUUGCAGUGAAGGUUGGAACUUCAGACGCAGAUAAGGAUGAAGUCGAUAUUCUCUCGAAGCUCGCAGUAGCGGAUAUAGAUGAAACCAUGAUCCCGCAGGUUCUUGACAGUUUCACUGUUGAAGGGCCCAACGGAUCACAUCCAUGUCUUGUCACGACACCUGCACGAUGUAGCCUCAUAGAUUCAAAAGAUGCGUCUGACUCAGGCCUCUUUCAACUCGACGCGGCCCGGUCCCUAGCUGUUCAAGCUAUAAAGGCUGUGGCCCAUGUUCAUUCGCGCGGAUAUGCCCAUGGAGCCUCGCUCAACAACUUGUCAAUCGACCAGCUGUACGAAAAGUUCGGUGCUCCAAUACUAGAGCCAAUUGUCCGACUAGACGGGUCUAUAGAACCAUUACCAGCUGGCGUACCUUCUCAUGCUCUUCUCCCUGUCUGGCUUGGUUUACCGAGUGACUAUAUCUCCCUGUGCGAUGCCAAACUCUUACUGAGUGAAUUUGGUGUCGCCUUCCGGCCAGCCGACAAGACAAAAUGCGAAUCCAAUGCGCCCCUUGUUGUCCGUCCUCCCGAGUCUUAUUUCGAGCCAACAAAGCCCCUCACCUUAGAAUCAGACAUAUGGAGCCUCAGCUGUCUGAUAUUUGAGUUGUUUGCCCAUCGCUCCCUGAUUGAUGGCAUCAUCGCUCCCCAGGACGACAUCACUGCGCAACAAGUUCACCUGCAGGGAAUUGCACCACCUGAAUGGUGGGAUAAAUGGGAUAAGCGCUCAAAAUGGUUUGAUAGUAAAGGUCAGGCGCCCAGUAACGAGCGGGAUAUCUGGUCAUGGGACAGGCGAUUCACCCAAUGGAUACAAGAGCCGAGGAAGUCGGAGGGUAUGGAAACCCUCAACUCAGAGGAGGCGGAUGCGCUAUUGGACUUACUAAGACGAAUGCUUGCAUGGAAGCCUGAAAAUCGACCUAAGGCGCAGCAAAUUUUGGAAUCGAGAUGGGUGAAGGAUUGGGCUUUGCCAGCCUACAACAAUAACAAGAAGUCGUAA